ACUUUCACAGAACUCGUUGUAAAAAGCACAUUUCCAACAUUAUUCCCUGAUGACAUAAAUAUAUUGAACGAUUGAUAAAAAAAUACUGCAAUGCAGACUUUAGACACCGAGUCAGAUCCACUUUUGGGUGAAAGCAUUCUUGGUCAGGCCAGCAUAAAUUCGGCAGGUAGUUCUGUCGCGGCUAGUAGUGGUCCUGAAGUAAGCUAUGGAAAUGGUUCCAGGAAAUUCUAUGUCUGUGACCCUGAUGAUGAGAAUGUAACUUUUGUAACGUCGGUCGGUGGAGAGUACAGUACUGGAUCUGGUGAAUACAAGAUAAUUUAUGAUGAAACCACCCUCCUGAAGGCAACUGUUUUCAUUGAAGACGCUGCAUGUUAUCGUUCCAUCCAUCACAAACUCGACACUCUCUCCCUCCGACUGUACAGAUUCUACUAUUCCACCCUGAUACAAUGGUUCCUCUACUUCAUUAUAUUCACCAUCCACAUGCUGGCAUUUUUCGAACGGCCUUCGUCGCUGACAUUGUCGUCUGACAUACGGUACGGUCAGACAGCGCCGGAACCGGGUUGUGGGGUGACAGAAGCUGUAGAGAUGUUCUGUUUGUUGACAUUACUUGGAGAUGUCAUUAUAAAGUGUUACCUGGUUGGAAGAAAACAUCUGUCCAUAUCACCAUGGCUGAUCGUGUACAUUCUCGUAAUCUUGGUGUCAAUGACAGAUUGGUGUGUGACGGUGGCAUUGGGUUGUGGUGAGAUCGUCCGAAUCCGUCGGAUGCUGCGUCCAUUCUUUCUGCUACAGAAUUCCUCCCUCAUGAAGAAAACAGUCAACUGUUUGAGGAGGACAGUUCCCGAUAUACUCAGCGUGAUGAUGUUCCUCUGUCUCCACCUGUAUGUUUUCACCUUGUGUGGGAUGCUGCUUUUCCCUGGCUCCAUUACCAAGGUACCUUCCAAUAUUACCAACAACAGUGUGGUCAAUCUCGCUCAGGACCAAAAAAUACAUGAUAAAACUGAAGGUGACAUGUACUUCCCCAACUUCCAAGACGCACUUAUCAAUCUACUGGUUUUACUGACAACUGCCAACAACCCAGAUGUGAUGAUGCCGGCCUAUCGUACAAACAGGUUUUAUGCAAUCUACUUCAUUGUCUUCCUCGCCAUUGGUAUGUACUGUCUGAUGAACAUGUUGACGGCUGUGAUUUACAAUCAGUUUCGAGGGUAUUUCUUGAAUUCCAUGCAGGGUAGUCUAUUCCGACGGAGGUUAGCACUGAGGGCCGCAUUCGAAGUGCUGAAGAAGCGGAAGGAGGGAGUAAACAUCCAAAGUUCCCGAGUCGACAUCACUGCCAAUGGUGUUCCUGCCAAUAUAUUAAAGACGGUUGUCAAGCAGGCAAAUAUCAGGACAUCAACCAAAAGAUUAAUUGUUGAGGAUCUUCAAAACAGAAUGGGCUGUGUGCUCAAUGCUGGCCAAUUUCACGAAGCUCUGAAAUAUUUGGAUGAAGUGCAGAAGGAGAAACUAGAGCCAGAUAUAAUGUGGGUUACCAAUUCGUGUUUGCAGAAAAUACAGUUUGUUAUUUCCCACCGAAACUUCAGCCGCUUUGGUACAUUGGUGGCACUCGUCAAUGUCAUAUGCAUUACAGCAGAAGUUUGCACAGCGUAUAGGGAUAGUUUCGAUGCUGAUACUUCAGCACUCGGUGUGAUCAAUCUGUGCUUCAUCCUUUUCUAUUUGAUUGAACAAUGCUUCAAACUCUGGGCGAACGGAUGGCGACGGUACAUCUGGCACAAAAGCAAUCUCUUUGACCUUGUGCUGACUACCUUACUUGUGAUAGUUGAGGUUCUCUACCUGGCGAUGUAUGGCAUUCCAUAUUGGGGAAUAGAUAAACCAGACGGAAAUGUUGUAAAGUUUUAUGACCUGAUUCGUCUGCUCAACAUUCUGAUCAUCGUUCGUCUGCUGAGGGUCAUUCCACAGAUCAAGAUGAUGUCACUGGUUGCUACCACCCUAGCUGACCUGGUCAGAAACCUGAGGUCGUUUGCUGGUAUACUUGUAGUGAUAUACUAUACCUUUGCCAUACUCGGAAUGGAGUUGUUCAAAAACAAGAUCACCUAUCACCCAGGGAAUAAAACAAUCGUGCCAUCUUAUCCUUGUGGUUCCUACCAACAGCUGGCAUACUGGGCCAACAACUUUGAUGACUUUGCAUCGGCUCUUAUGGUGCUUUGGGAUGUGAUGGUGCAGAAUAACUGGUUUAUCUUCCUACAAGUGUAUUCGGAGGUGUUGUCGAAAUGGUCCCAGUUAUAUUUUGUGGCUUGGUGGAUGCUAUCCGUGAUUAUAAGCGUCAAUCUCUUCACUGCGCUCAUUCUUGAGAAUUUCAUCAUGAGAUGGGAUCGCAGUCAACAGCAGAGCAGGCGUGAAGCGGCAGCUGAUAGGACAUCGUCUUUUAGUGAUACCAUGAGGCCGGUCACUAUACACCAAAUGUUCAGGGGCAUGCUUCAGGAGCCCAAUGAAAGUGAACUUUUGAGUGAGCUGCGCUGUCAUGAACACCUCGGAUUGACUGAAAUAUCCUAGCAUCAAAACUGGAUUGCCUUUAUAGAUUGUGUGCCAUAAUUACACUGCAACGGUAUCUAUUUUGUAUAGAUCAUUGUUCCUGUCGAAUAUUUUAUCAUUUUUCUUUCUGCGUUUGUAACUUAAUUGAUGAUGGGUCACACGACUCAUUUAUUGAUUUUUUAAGAAUUUUCCAUCUUUUGGAUUUGAUUGUUGUAAAUAAACGCAUUUGUGUUAAUGAUAUUUUAUGAAAGUUAGAGCGCAACAGAUUAAUGCAUUAUGUAACCUUGUAAAAAAAUCACCUUAUAGUCAUUGUGUAAGUCUUGUACCGGUAGAUGCAUUAUAUGCAAUUAUAUUUUGCUGUCUCGUCUAGUUUUCUUUGGUACUGGAAGAGGUUACUUGGAAAAUGAAUUUACAGUCCGUAAAAGGUGAAAUAUAGGAUGGUAACUUUGUCACGUGAUUUCGCCUCAACAGUGCUUGAAGAGGAACACUGUUUAGGCUCAAAUACUGACAUAGUGAGUUCAUUCUUAACCUCUUGAAUCCCCAAACUUGAAAAUCCUGGGAUCCCAGGGUGGUCACGUGGUUGCGAAAUUGGACCUGACUUUCAUGAUGUAUAGCGCCCGAAUACAACCGCCAAAGUCUGGUACCGAGGCGCCAUCUACCCAGGCAUGCUCUAACUGACCCUACUGUACAUCAAACACGCUAAAACAAGCAAUAAACUAGCGUCCCAGCUCAAGGGAAUAAAAAUAUCACUGAGACCGACCUGUCGGUCUUUGGGAAAAAACGUUAUUUCAAAAUGACCGACUGGUCAGUCCCCGGGAUUCAAGAGGUUAAAAUUUGCAAAUUGAACAAAGUCAUAUAGACAUACCAGUACAGUAGAACCUCCAUCAGCGGACACCUCUCUAAUAAGGACACCCUCUCUAUUAAGGACACUGGUUUUGGUCCGAAAUUGGUUGUUACCAUUCAAUUUUACCUCUCUGAUCAGGACACCUCGCUAUUAAGGACAGUACUUUUCAGUCCCAAGGGUGUCCUUAAUAGAGAGGUUCUACUGUACUUUUCUUUUGUGAUGGAUUUUAUAACUACGCUGUCUUCUGACAUCUUACUUCUUUCUUCCUAGUGUAUCCUGCUGCUCUUUAACACAGUCAAGGCCUUCGAUAUUAUAACCUGUUGUCUCCUGCAGUCUAGAGCCCCGUCUUUCAUUCUACCCUUCAUUUGGUAAUUCAGCAGUUAACAUCAAGGUAGGCAUCAUUUUCCGAGUGGCAGAUGCAGCCAUGGCACCUGGGUCCGAUGUGACUCUCUCUGCAUGUCUGGCAAGUGUUCCAGUCAAACAAUUUCGAAAGCCCUAUUCCAUUGGCGAUAAAAAUUUUGAAAAUUGCUGUUCAAGUCAAACAAUUUCAAAGCCCUAUUCCAUUGGCGUUCAAAAUUUUGAAAAUUACUGUUCAAGUCAAACUAUUCAAAAGCCCUAUUCCAUUGGCGUUCAAAAUUUUGAAAAUUACUGUUCAAGUUAAACAAUUUCAAAGCCCUAUUCCAUUGGCGUUAAAAUUUUUGAAAAUUACUGUUCAGUUUAAACAAUUUCAAAGCCCUAUUCCAUUGGCGUUCAAAAUUAUGAAAGUUACUGUUCAAGUCAAAUAAUUUCAAAGCCCUAUUCCAUCAGUGUUCAAAAGUUUGAAAAUUGAACACACAAUUUUUACCAGUUUGUAACAUUGACAUAAUGUUUAGGGGAACACCGUGGGUUCAUCUGCAACUCAGUUUCUACUACUAACACCACUGACUGAAACUUCAUUGUUUUAAUAUUUAUUGAAACUAACUCAAUAACAAAUCAUCUUCUUCUUCACUUUUAUGGCUAACUUGACAAUACACGCUAACUUCCCAGGCUAACUUGUUGAUCGAGGAUAGAUAUAGUGUAAAUAUCAUUCUGGUUAUCAUAUCAUAUCAUUACCAGCGUCAUAACCCUAUUGGAUUUUCGCCGGAGUUAUUGAGUCCACUACAGGCUACUGUCCACCUAUGCGGGAUUUUUUACCUGCCCUGGCUUAGACACUCGGGUACAAGGGAUCACGGCUUUAAGUCUCAUCUGACAGAACCUCGAGUUUUUCAUACAUGUACGUUAAUGUCUUGUACUGUGAGGUGCUGCCCUCUUCUGGAAAAGCUGUGACUCGGCUUGUUCAGUCUUUAGCUCACCACUCCUCUGGGGAGCUUAUACGAUACCGUGGCGUCCGUCGUCGUCGUCUAUUAGCGGAGCACGUUUCGUCACCACUAGGGCUAGAUGGCUAAAACUUGGUGUGAUGGUAGCUUUUGGCAAUAUGCCCAGACAUCUUUUUCUUUAUCCCGAUAUGACCUACUUUCUGGCCUCCAGGUGGCCAUCUUGGAAAUAGUUUUUUGCCUUUUUGAAGCUAAUGGUUGUACGUAGAGUGGCGAAAUUUUUAUGGUGGGUGUAUCUUAUAAGGUUAAAUGACAUAUCACCCGGGUUUUUGAUUUGACCUACUUUUCAAGGUUACAGAGGUCAAAGUUCACUAAAUCACCGAUAGGUGGGAUUUUUGGUUUCUAUUUGAGCUAAAAGUUUCUAAACUUGUGAGGACAUAUAUCUAGGGACCCUCUAUUCUACCCCAAAAAUUUGUCCCGCUCGGACUUCAAAUAUGGCUGCCAGGUGGCCAUCUUGAAAAUUAAACAAAGUCCUAUUACAUGUACCGGUACUCAGAAAUUAAUGAUCGGAUUGCAACCAAACUUCAUGUGUUUAUGUAUCUAUGUACUCUUAUCAAUAUCCCUAAUUUUCAGUCUAAUCCCAUUACAAAUAUGGCCGCCCGGCCGCCAUCUUGAAAAUCCAACGAAAUUCUAUUACUCCUAAACUGUUGAACAGAUGUCAACCAAUUUCAAUGUGACAUGUACACUCUUCAAUAACCCUGAAAUUCAGUCAACUUCCAUUGAGCCGAGAAGAAUGAUAUUAUUCAGUUUAAUCAAAAUUGGUGAAACUAGCCAGAAACUGUUCUCCCAAUAUCUGCUGCAAAUGACAUGCAUUACAUUACCCGAGGUGAGCACAUGGUCCCUGGACCAUUUCAUUUUAAGAAUUUAUAUAUAUUUGAAGACCAGGUUUUUACUGAGUAAUGUAUUUUUGUAUAUACAUAAAGACAUCUUUUACAUGAUUUUAUAAAUUUAAUGGAGAUAAAAUGUAUAAUUUUAUACAGAUUUGGUUACUUUGUAAUCAGGGUCCACAAAUGUCGUCCAAGGUGGAAAAGAUAUCUGCUUUAUAUUUGCUUUAUGAGACAAGCCAAUUUGGGGAUUUUUUUAUUUGACAUCUGAAGAAAUUUUGAAGUCGUAUACAAAAGAAAUUAUAUAAGUUAUAUUUAGUAUAUCUUUAGCCUCAUAGCAUAAUUCCCUAACUCAUAUUAAUUUUUAAGGUUUUGAGAAAAAUUAAAGAACCAUUUUUUUAGACAACGCUUAGGAAAUUUUUAUUCGAACUUUAACAAAAACUUAUAACAGAUGUCUCAACAUUUUUAAAACCAUUAAAUAAGUAAACGAUGCUUGAAUAACACAGAAAAGUGACACAGACAUAAAAUUUUCACAUUUUGGCCAAAAUAUGACUUAGGCAAUUAUGCUAUGAGGCUAUUGAUAUAUAAUAUUAGUAUAUAUAACAUUACAGUGACAUUAUAUGAUAUUUGUACAGUAUUUUAGAUGCAUAUUUUCUUGUAAAAUGAGUAAUGCAUAUAGCUGAAAUGACCGCUUGCCAUCAUUAAUAUCGGAAGCACGGUGGCUCGGUGAAAGAGCGUCCGACUUGUCAUCAGAAGGUCAUGGGUUCGAGGCUCAGCCAGUGCUACCCAGUACAGUGGAACCUCCCUUAGCGGACACCUCUCUAUUAAGGUCAACCUCUCCAUUAUGGACACUAGUUUUGGUCCCAAAUUGGUCGUUUCCCUUCAAUUUGACCUCUAAUCAGGACACCUCCAUAUUAAGGACAGCAUUUGUCAGUCCCGAGGGUGUCCUUAAUAGGGAGGUUCUACUGUACUUUUAACUGGCCUGAAAUGGCUAAGUGUAGGGCAGUAUGUCCGCUUUGAAAACUGCCACAUUUUGGCACCUGUUCAUUUUUGGCUCACUGUAGGGGAGUCUAUACAACACCGCAGCUUCCGUCGUCCGUCGUCCAUCGUCGUCAUCUGUAUUCUGUUUCUAGUGACAGUGGCAUGUUUCUUGACUGCUAGGACUAUAAACUUGAAACUUUGUACACAGGACCCCUCAGGUCAGGUGACCUCUGACAAUGAAUUUCGGUCCGAUCAGAUUCUUAACUUGUCCACCAGGAGGCCAGAAGUGGAAACCUAAAAAGUGAUAUCUCUCUUAUGUGUGACUCGUUUUCGAUAAAAUUUUUAUGGUAGGUUCUCCUAGCAAGGAUACAUCACAUAUCCUACAGGUUUUUGAUUUGACCUAAUUCUCAAGGUCACAGUGGUCAAAUGGCGUAAAUUGGCCGUUUGAAUGUAACUAUGGCACGUUUCUUAACCGCUAAAGCUAUGAACUUGAAAUUUGGUACACAUGACUCCCUAGGACAUAUAACUGCAGACACCAAAUUUCGGUCUGAUCUGAUUCUUGACUUGGCCACCAGGGGGCGAAAACGGAAAAAAAAAUAUAAAAAGUGCAAUAUCUUGCUAAUUAGUGGCUUGUUUUCGAUGAAAUUUUUAUGGUAGGUACUCCAAGCAACAGUACAUCACAUGUCAUACCAACUUUGGUUUGACCUGUAUACCAUACAUGUUGCAUAUUUCUUAACCAGGAUGAAUUCCGAACCGCCAAAUAUCUAUACGGUGAGCACAACUGCCCUUGGCCGUUUCAUUUACGUUCAAAAUAUACAAAGAAAUUAAAUUUGUGAUAAUGAAUUAUUCAGUGAUCUUUUAUUGGAGACCAGGAGGUACUGCCACCUGGAGAUAAUUUUUGAAACCAGAUAAUAAUCUGGAAGGUCAAUAUUGUGCUGCCCCCUAUUUGUUGAAAUGUAUUCUGGGGGUUGAAAGGUUCCCUAGUGUGAUACAACUGUGUAUUGAGCUAUUUCUUGAUGAAUAAA